AUGUACAGUUUAAAGAUAGUACUUGCAUUAGCGAUAGUUAGUACGGCUAUAGAUUCAAGUGCUAAUGCAUCACAGGAUAUUAUGAAGAAGCUCACAAUAAAUUUCGCUAAAGCUUUGGAAACAUGUAAAAGCGAGUUAAAUCUUCCGGAAUCAAUAUACACGGACUUCUAUAACUUCUGGAAGGAGGAACAUGAAAUUACGAAUCGGCUCACUGGCUGUGCUAUACAGUGCCUCUCAACAAAGUUGGAACUCGUGGAUGUAGAAGGAAAUCUUCAUCACGGCAAUGCACAAGAGUUUGCUAAGAAACACGGCGCUGAUGAGUCAAUGGCGAAGCAGCUCAUCGAUAUAAUCCACAAUUGUGAAAACUCUGGUCCACCUAACGAUGAUAAAUGCUUGAAAGUAUUGGACGUAGUCAAAUGUUUCAAAGCAGAAAUACACAAGCUGAACUGGGCACCGAGCACCGACCUCGUGGUUGCAGAGCUUUUAGCAGAAUUAUAA